UCAUUCGCAAAGAAAAGGCUGUUUUUCUGCUAUUUCAUUGUAUUGUACUUCAGCGUGCUUUGACUUAUUUGCAAAUAGCCAAAGUUUACCUCUGCAUUUUAAAGCGUUAAGGUAUAGCUUUUAACCAAUGAUUGUGAUUAGGAAUAAAAUAAAAACGCAAUUCAUGCAAUAAAAGUGCCGUCCGAGGGCGAAUCUCGCAAUGGAAAAUCUCGACCAAAGCAAUGAUAAAAACGUGUCAUUAAGUUUAAUUGCUGAAUAUCGUUCCGAUUCGGAGUCCGAAGAGACUCCAUCGAAUGAAAAUGCUGGUGAAAACACAGACGGCGAUUCGGACACAGUGGAACUUAGUGAAAUGGUUUUGAAGAAUAAUAUAAUAAAUGCUUGCGCUCAUGGUCCAUUAUCGAAUCCCAAAUUUAGUAAUAAUGUAGAAGUGUCUACACAUAUGAUUAUAGAUAAUUCGGAAAAUGGCAUAUCGGAAUACGAUGUUACAAUGUACAGAGUAGAUGAUGAGGAUAGUGAAAGUGAUUCUGAUUCCGACAGUUCGGACGAUUCAAGCGACAGUGACGUCGAUUCCGUCAAGGACAUCGAGGAGCUAUCUAGCGGAGAUGAAGUUAGCGGCAAUACUGGUGCAGAAAAAAUCACUCAACCCAAAGUUCAGGGGGAGCUCAGUCUGGACGAUCUGCCGCCAAUAGAAGACCUCACCAUCAGUCUUCCAGCUCAAGAAACUACCAAAAUUGGAAAAAUUUUCAGUAUAGUUGAUAGAUUAGUUGUAGUUCAAGCAUUCCCCGACACUCCAGCAGUUGAUAUAGAUAGUGUCCUGUUCCUAGAUAAUGGUGCUAAGGCUUUGGGCAAGGUGUUUGAUGUAUUUGGACCUGUUACAGAGCCCCACUACUGCGUCCGCUUCAACUCUACAGAGCACAUAAAGGAGCGAGGCGUGGAGGUCGGCAUGGACGUGUUCAUAGCGCCCCGCACCAACCACACAAGCUACGUCUUCCUUUCAGAACUCAUGAAGGUGAAAGGUUCAGACGCAUCUUGGUUAAACGAUAUAGAGCCUCCUCCGAGUCAAGUGGAAUUUUCCGAUGAUGAAGAAGAGAGAAGAGCAAGAAGAGAAAAGAAACAAAGCAGACAGCAAGAAGGCUCUGAAAACGGCGAAACUUCCAAAAAUCCUCCACGAAAAAUGUUAGAGGCGAGAAGAAAUAGGCCGAGUCAGUCCACUAGUAGAUUCAGACCUGGUCCCAAUAGAAGCUAUAAUUUCUACGACAAUAGAGCUCAGAAUCCCUUCAUGCCGUUCAAUGCACCUCGGCCAGAGUUUGACAGAAGGAUUCCUCCUCCUCACCCUAUUUCUGAUCCCGGAGGCCCGCUGUCAGCUCCUCCCGGCUUCACAGUCCCAAUGUACCCUCCGCCGUUCCCACGAUUACCUGCCAGGCAGCACUUUGGCAGGAAUCCUUUGCUCCAAACGCCGAACAUGCCACCGUUUAGACAGAACAUGCCCGUGUUUGGGUCCAAUUAUUGCAAUAUGCCCGGCCCUCAACCGCAGUGGUUGAACAGGCCCCCUCCCCCUCCGGGAACUUAAGUUUAUUAUUAUAUUUAAGUACUAUCCAAUGCUAGCAUCGUCAUACCAGGGCAUAUUUUUGCCAUCUAAGUUAUGAAUCUAUGUAUAAAAUGUAACAGGUAGUGUAUUGAGAUAAGCCUGGAUUCUAUGCAUUUCCGAAAUAGUAAAGAUACGAUUUAAAGGAUGAGUGUAUAAUGUGAGUACUAAAAUAUAAAGCUGUAGUGAGGAAAAUACGUUAUUGUGUUUGAUUUGGUCUUAUCUCAAUAAAUUAUACUUUUGGCUUCGUUGAUUGCUGGCAAUACUCCAUUUAAGCGUCGGAUUUGAUAUAAAUUCAUUAACUAACAAUUUACUCGCGUUUCAUGUUCAUAUAAUAUUAUGUACUAAUAAAUUUCGGCUUGUGCUCUGGUGUGUAUGAGCCUUAAGUGUUUGAUAUUCUAGUGUUGUUAUCCAAAUACCUGUAUUUAUCUUAAAUAUAGUUAUUAUUACAUUA